AUGUAUACUUUAGGUGAAAUUAUAUGUGAGGAGUUGCCUGUUGGAAUGUGCUCCUUAUCAGUUGCAUCUUCGGGAAAACGAUGUUUGUUGGAAACUUCUGCAACAGCUGGUGGCACCAUGGAAUACCAAUGCAAGACAUCCGAGGUGAUGGCAAACAACAUGGCUGAAUUGAUCGAGAGUGAUGGCUGCAUAAGUGCUUGUGGGCUUGAUAGGAACUCAGUCGGGAUCUCGUCCGAUUCCCUCCUUGACCCUCAAUUCACCUCAAAGCUUUGCUCACCGGCUUGUUAUCGGAACUGCCUCAACAUUGUUGACCUCUACUACAAUUUGGCUUCGGGAGAAGGAGUGUUUUUGCCAGACUUGUGCGAGGCACAGCGAACCAAUCCACGACAUGCAAUGAGCCAACUUCAGAGUUCUGGUGCAGCGUCUGGUCCGGCCUCUGCUGCUGCUAAUGGUCCUGCCUCUUCUUUUGCUGAAGGUUCCAUGUCUAGUGAAUUGUUUGGAUCCGUCGCUUGUGCUCCAGCUUCAAUGUAA